AUGUCCCGGCUUCCACGACAAUGUCUUAACCUUGCCACCCGUGUCUCGCGAAUUAGCGAGCAUAGACAUUGUCCAUGUCCGCCGCAAUGCGUGAUCGGUCUCCGUCGCUCAUACGCUUCCAUCUCGAAACCCGACAGUAAACCACGAGAGGACUCAAAAGAUCCGAAGGAGAAAUCACUGGAGUUCAUGGAGCUGUUGCAAUAUUCGCGUGGCACCAUGCGCUACGACCCGUCGUUGGUUCCUGUCGAAACGAUGGACUUGCACAUCCCGAGCUACAAGUCGUACAAAAAGGAUGCCACGUGGCGGGACCAUAUCUCCGCCAUUCUUAGGACCCAGAGGAAUGCGUUCAUCAAUAUCAUCACCAUGUACAGGAUAGCCAAGGAUGACGGGUUUCCCGGAUUGCAUAUCAAGAACAUUUGGUCACCGGAAGUUUUCCGGGCGCAAUCGACCUCUGACUCCACCUGGCUCGCACCGUUCCGGAAGAUCGCGCUCGACACCUACAAGCGGCUGAACGAAGCCGUCGCGAGCCGUGACGAGAAAACGAUCAAGCACCUGACGGCGGGAGAAGAGCAAGUACACUAUCUGAAGCUUGCGCGUGCCCAAGAUCUCUCGCGUGUGUAUGAAUGGAAACUCAUCGGCGAACGCUCGCCAUCCCGCGUACUAAGCAUCCGUGCGGUAGUAGGGAACAUGGACCGGGGGGUUGAGGGCAGCAGGUUACUGGUUCAGGCACUCGUGAAGUUCGAUACGCUACAGAGUCUCGAGGUCUACUCCAAGAGGGGCACCUUGUUGCAUCAGCAGAACGAACCGAAGCCUGUCGUAGAGUACCUAGCGCUCCAAAAGCGGCUGUGGUUCAACGGACCUUGGGUAGUUCGGGAUCGUGUAUACGAGGGCGUUGACUCGCAAUAUGAACCUCCGCACUAG